GUCACACUCUGUGUCUCGUGUUGUCUCUGACGUUCAUGAAGAAACUCUUUUAAUUUUACUGAAAAUGACAUGUUUUUCCCAGUGCUAAAGUCAAAUGGAGUUAUUCCACCGUUUUAAAAAUAUUUCUCUUGAGUUCCCAAAACGCGAUGCUCUCAUUUGUUUUGAUGGAAGAAGAACGACUCUUUGGACCUAUGAGGAUUUACUUGAAGCCUCUUCAAUUGUUGGUCAAUUUUUGGAACACUGCUUUGACUGCGAUCAAACCAAAACAACAAAAUUUAUCGCUAUUGCAUUCUCAGAUCAGGAUGCGAUUCAUAUCGCGUUGUCAUUGGGGGUUCUGAAGAAUGAGUCAGCAUUCGUUUUCAUUCCACAGUCUGAAAUUUCUGCAUCAUUUUCAAGUAACGGCUGUUGCAAUAAACUGGGAGUGCAGUAUACUUUUAUGGAGCUUCUUGAGGAUUUAGAGGACCAUUCAGACUGCCGUUUUCAAGUUAUUCGCAAGUUCACUAUUUUUUGCAAAAAUGUUCUUCUGUGCAAAUGGAACGGAGAAAAAUGCAUCGUAAAUGAUAGUCAGACGGUUCCCUUUGUUUAUGCCAUGCAAACCUCUGGCACCAUGGGCAGUAAGAAAAUUGUCCGUGUAACACAAGAUUGUAUUCUACCCAACAUUGAUGAUUUCAAGAAACUUUUCAGCAUAAAUGAACACGAUUCUGUACUCCUCUCCGCACCCCUCACUUUUGAUCCAAGUAUAGUUGAUAUUUUCCUCGCAAUUACAACAGGUGCUAAUUUGAUUAUUCUUGGAAACUCCAUCAAAGCUCAUCCAGGACUUUUACUGGAUACCUUAUUUCCCUCACAAGAUUUGCCGAAUGUGUUGAAAGGUCACCAACUGUCCAUUCUCCAAACUACUCCAUCUUUGUUCCGACGAUGGACUGGGCCUGAAAUUCGUGGCAGAAUAUUGAACGACGAGACAAAAUUAAGAGUUCUUGCCCUUGGUGGUGAAGAGUGUAUCUCCUUCAACAUUUUACAAUCGUUCAAAUCGCCGAAGAACAAAACUGAGAUUUUCAACCUUUAUGGUUUGACCGAGAUGUCUUGCUGGGCUUCUUAUUCAAAAAUCUCUUUUGAUGAAAUUUAUGAUGGAGCAGAGGACAAGAUCCCACUUGGAAUUCCUUUGUCUAGCACAUACUGGAAAAUUGAUGUGGAUAAUGAAUACUCUGACAGUGCUGGAAAUAAAAUUAGCGAAUUGAUCUUAGGUACACAAAGUAGAUUAUGCUUCGUUAGUGAUGAGACAUCUUGCCCCACAGAACGCAAAACAGGCGAUUUAGUGAAGGUUUCACAGGGACAUUUUUACUUUUAUGGCAGGAAAGAUCGGUUCAUCAAAUUUUAUGGCAUCAAAGUAAACUUGCAAGAAAUUGAAGAUAAAAUGAGCCAAUGCAGUUCAGUUGCUGCUUGUUAUUGCAUUCAUGAACCUGAAUCGAACAUCCUGUAUGUUUUGUUUUCUUCAGAUUGCAGCCAAGACCAACAUGAAAUUUCAAAAAUUCGAUCCCAUUUUCACCAUACCUUUGGACGUUUUAUCCCUCCAUUUUACCGCCUAAUUUUGGUUGAUGAAAUUCCAGUGACAAAUAAUGGUAAAUUUAAUGAGGAAGAAAUGCGCAGAAAAUUGGUUUCCAAUCAAAGCAACCAACAGAACCUGGAGCCCUCCAAAAGAGUGCUGGAACGAUUCAAAGAUACAUGGCUAUCACACGGCUUAGAAACGCAAGGAGGUUUCAAAGAUGUUGGAGGAAGUUCUUUGAUCGCAGUUGAAUUAACAUCUACCUUGAAUCAUAAUUUGCCAAGAAAGACUCGGUUCAAGCUUUUAAAUUUACUCUUGUCAAAUGGAUCCUUCAUUCAAAGCUUGCGGUUACUGAAAUGGUUAUUGUGGAAACAUCACAGGAAAAAACCUCCCGGAAAAUUUAAAAGUUACAAGUACAAAUACUCAUCCUGGUUCCUUCAACUACAAAAACAUGCAUUCAGGAAGGGUAACUUUCACCUUAGAGCUAGAAAAUUGGGUGACUCUCAAAAAUUCUACCUCAAAGUAAUUUACUCGAGAUCAACAAACAAGAAAACAUUAUUUAAGAGAAAUUGUAAAAUUUUCAGAGAUCGACGGAAAUCCUUGAAGGCUUCAGAUGUCAGUUCAGUCAUCGCGAGAGGUCUUCACUUAAACACUAAUUAUCUAGCUCAAAUAAAAACACCUGAGUGUGCAAACCUCAAUAAGCUAAAAAUCAGCAUCAUUUGGAAAAAAGAUCUCUUGUCAUGUGUAGACAACUCUCCAUCGAUAUUUCAUAAAUCCAGAUGCAGCAGUCAUUUAGUGAUCUCAUCUCACCAUGGGUUGUUUGCCACUUUGGACAGUUUCUCAGGGGAUCAAAUAGCGUCCUACAACUUUUGUUCAGAUUUAGUUUCAUCUGCUUGCGUUUCGUCUUCUCCAAUGAGUUCAGAAAGUUUCUCCUACAUUGGUUGUUUUGAUGGCCGAUUCUGCAAAAUUAACAAUCUCACUGGAAAAAUAAUCUGGUGUUUCAAAUCACAAAGUCUAAUCAAAUCACGAGCACUUCAAGUGGCCCAGACUGUUUAUUUCGCCAGUUAUGACUUAUACUUGUACUGUUUGGGGCAAGAGACUGGAAAUUUGAAAUGGAAGUUAUUCGUCGGCCACAAAGGUAUUCAUUCUAAUUUACUCCUCCUCAAACAGCUUGGCUGUAUUUGCGUCUGCACUCUAAGUGGCCAUGUUCAUAUUGUCGACAUUUGCAGACGGAGAAUCAAGUGGACACAUGAAAUGCUCACACCAAUAUUCUCUUCUCCUUGCUACUUUGAGGAACAGGGGCUGUUGCUGGUGGCAUCCGUCAAAGGGUGCUGUGUUUGUUUCCAAGCAGAUACAGGAGCCAAGCUUUGGUCUUUUGAGUUGAACGAACCAAUGUAUGCGGACAUCGUAAAUGAACCCUGCAAUGGUGUUGAAAAUGUGUUAUUAUGUGCAACGCAAGAAGGAACUGCAGUUUGUUAUGUGAUCACCAAAGACGCUCCCAUCCAAUCAUGGAAAAUCAAAUUUGGUUGUAAAUAUUUUGCUUCUCCAUUCAUUUUUCCCUUACAAUAUGACAAAGUAACUGGUCAUAGUUUGUUUGCAACGAUUCUAGUCAGCACCAAUGGAGUUCUUAAAUUACUCUCUCUUGAUAAAGGAACUGAGUUGGGAGAAUUCGCUCUUUCUGGGGAUGUUUUUUCUUCACCUAUAGUCUAUCAUGAUAUGAUUUUUAUCGGUUGCAGAGACAAUCAUGUUUACUGUCUGAAAAUUGGAGAGCAUUGAAAAAGAAUUAAGGACUAAAAGAAACAAAUGAAAGGGGAGAAUAUGAUGCAUUUAUCCUGAAUUUAUAUUCGUACUGAAAAUGAAAUACAUGGACUUAGUUAGUGGGCAGUGGCUAUUUCACUCGUCAUGUAUUGCUGUUCAAUAAUUUUAGUGUAAGCAGACAUAUGACUUUGUCUACUUCAUGCCAGGGUGGUGCAAUGUGUCAAAUUGUUUCUUCCAAUCAAAUAUAAUUUAUUUACAUAUUUAUUU